GUUCGCUCUUCCGCAGUCUUCCGCCCCUCGGGCUCCAUCUCCAUUUCUUACACCUUGUUCGACAUUCCUUUUCCAUGGUAUGUGAGGAGAUAAAAGUCGAAACGCAGCAAACUCAAAAGAUACGGUGGCAUUACUGAACGCUAUGAAUAUCUCAACGCAAAGAACUCAUCCAUCAGCAAAGCGAGCCGAAGCUCCAGAUCCCAUAAUCCAUGGACUGGCUACGAGAGCGACGUCGGACAUGAAGCUGAAGAAUAUAAUGAGCAUUGUUGCUGCCGGGAAAGCAACGCAGGACCAGCUUAGGUAUUUCCAAGGUCACAUCGAGGAGUUGAAAGUGCUGCAGAGUCUAAAGACUGAAGAGGAGAGGGGAGGUUCACCAACGUUGUCUGGCCAUGACUCGUAUGGUGGCAUUGCAGACCAUGCGACACUCACUUCCUUGAACGGCGAAGAUCAGGAUGUUGAAGACGCUCAGGAAUCGCCGAGUCCGUCUGAUGAUGACGCCGAUACUGAACUAUCUGACCAUUCUCUUGGACACCCGAAUCAUGAAUCUGCUGAAACGGAUAAGACUGCGCCACCGAAAGAGCAUCUCGUUAUUUCCGAAUUGGCUCGACGAGCGCAAUCAGACAUGACUUUCAGACGUCUAUUGAAGACUGUCGCUGCCGGAAAAGCAACGCAGCACCAGCUUGUGUAUUUCCAAAAUCACAUUGAUAAGUUAAACCAUUUAUUUGACGAGACCACCGCCGAUACUACCCUCACUACCAUAUCGGCGGAGCCUUCAUCGUCUUCCAUUCCGGGAGGAGUCACACAGAACUGAACUUCUUCUGAAAGUGUGCAAUGUUUACAUGAAGAUUUCUGCCGUUGGCGCUCAUAGCCAACUUCGAACCUGGUAUCUAGGCUAGAGCUGCUCUCACCUGGUAUAAAAGAUAUGGCCAUUCACUGACGGUAACAUGAGUCUUUGCAACGACCUUCGCUAAGAUCUUUGGGAUGAUCGAAAGAGGUUUUCCCCUGGCCCGUAUAACUCAUCUUCUAUCAAGCUAGGCUCAGAGUUGGUGGUCUCAAGGCAUUAUGGUAUGUUUGAGAUUCGAGUUGAAGUGCCUCUCUAGGUCGGGUUUACGUGCUGAGCCUGCCUUUCGAGUCUAUUUUGCUGCAAGGGCCCUGUAGCCGACAUGAUUGUCGGAUCUCUAGAUCGCUCUAAAGCUCACCAAAUAUGAUAUCUCCUCCGAACACGCUCUGUAAAGUGCUUAAUCUCUUGAAUGUUACUUCUAUACGACUUCAGGGC